AGGUGUGUGCUCGUGCUGUGUGGCUCUCAACAACCACUCGUUCCUAAACGAGAUGUAACAACUGGCAUGCACUCGUGUUGACAAGACGUUUUUAAGGGGAUGACCAGUGGAUCUUGUUGAGGUUACGGGAAAGACACACACUGUGUAGGCUAAAUAUAUCUGUUGAUAACCUACAGUUUGGAUGCUCAAGCCAGUUUGAGAUGAUGUACUCUCUUUAACCACUGAAAGAAGACGAGUUACGAGUUUCCAUGUAAAACACACGGGAGACCUGUUCGACCAGAGUGAGCCUUGCGUUGGGAUAAUGAAACGCCAAUAUUGAUCUUGUAAUUAAAGACGUUCACUGAGUUUCAACCGUAUUUUGUGAUUACAAGAGAAGGGGCGAGGGGAGCUUCACCUCCCCAUGACAGCAUUGGAUCAUCAUCACCCUCUUCCGUGGUUCACCUGUUAAUUUGAACCCUGUGAUAACCAGGGCUUGCAACGGGGAACUUACCGUCGAUAAGCAGAAACACCGACCAGCAUGUCUGAUAAUGACUGUCCGGAGCAAGCCGGGCAGCCCCAUGCCCUCGCGUUAGACCACGGCAUGCCCGGUGGGGAGUAAGCAGCAAGGUUUCCCUUACAACCCCACUCCCUUGGAUAUCCAUCAUAAAACCUGUGAAACAUGGAAUCCGAGAUCGCCUUUACCCUAGCGGUUUAUAUUUUCUUGAGGGAACUCCAGAGCUGGACUCAUGAUAUUUCAUCGUCUCUGAGACCCCCAAGUGAAACGCUACGAUGAUCUACUCAAUCGAAUUUUAGAAAUUAAACUUCGAUCUCAAAAAACACAAGGCUGAAUUUUAUCCCAUGUCGAGGUGAACUUGGAUUUACCGUGAUUAAAUAAUCAAUUCUCUUUUUUUUUUUUAAAUCAAUGCCGUACAAUUUUGUCUAUGCAGCUACUCCGAACGCGCUGGUGUAUUUACGUAAUAAAUCAAUAACAUCCUAUAGUGACGAAUUUUUCACGUUAUAAGUGGAAGUUAUAAGUAGCAGUGGAAGAAAAAGUGUUUAAAAAAACACUGGAGACGCCUUAAUAUUACUCUGGAUAUUUGAUUUAGGUUUUUUUCUCGGUGCCGUUUGUAUGUUUCUUAGAUGAAUAUUUGAACGCAAAAUGGUCGAUAAACGAAAAGGAAUAAAAGCUUAAAGUUUUCGACGUUUUGAAGGAGGGAGAUAUUUUUAAACGAGUGGUUCAGCCAUGUUUAACAUGGGCGCCGUCAAGGCGUUUGACGUCUUUUUGGAUGACGAGUUGGAGGUAUAUCACAUUGGGGAGUCAAUGAAGGGUCGAGUGGUGGUUUCCCUUACCAAGGAUCUAGCUAUGAAAGGGAUUCGGGUGUCACUAAAGGGUGAGAUCCGAACACAGUGGAGGGAGAAAAUCAGGUCGGCCACGGGACAGAAACGAGGUGGAACCUGCUUACGAGGUGGCGAACAGUCUAUCUACGAUAGGACCACAGUCUGGGGAAAAGAUAUUGACUCUGAAGACGAUACGGAGAUACCACUACUACAAGCAGGGUCUCACUCCUUCCCAUUCCAGUUCCGCCUACCCAACGAGCCCAACCUAGCCUGUUCCUUCGAGUGUGACCGGAUUGCCUGCAUACGAUACUUUGUCCAGGCUAACAUGGACAUCUCGUGGGCAGUCGAUCCUGUCGCCGAGAGAUACUUCUCUUUCAUCGGGUCACCCAUCAACUGUAAUUUGCCCAAGCAUCUGAAAGUCGUUCACGGCACGGCCCGUAAGACCAUCCGGUGUUGUUGCCGGUCCAGCGGGCCCAUCGCCCUCAAGGCCGAGAUGCAGCGGAGUGCCUACUGCCCCGGAGAAUUCGUCAACAUUAGGACGAGACUCGAUAACAACUCGGCCAACACGAUGAGACUGGGUGUACGGUUUGUUCAGAAUGUUAGUCUCGUAGCUGAGAGUCCAAAGAGAAGAACCAAGUUGGGUUCCUACGAGAUUCUAUGUUACACGAGUCCAGCUGUUUUACCAGAUCAAGAAUAUAUUCUGGAGACGGCAAGGAUGCUCCAGAUUCCCAUAGUGCCAUAUACAAUUGUAUCGAGGCUUAUACAAGUCGCUUAUAUAAUAGAGGUUUUUCUAAUGGUAGGCGACAAGCAAGAGUUGGAGGUUUACUUUCCUAUCACCAUUUGUAACGUGCCUUACAAGGAUAAUUCCAAUAGAACCAAACAGAUCAGUUACGGUCACGCCUGUCCUCAGUCGUGUGGUGCCAAGACGGGCUACAUGCAAUACAACGACGGUGACCGAGUUAUGCAAGUGAAACAAUUCACCCCUCUGUAUCUGACUGCGUGUGCAGUCAUGGUACAAGACUAUCCCAGCACCAACGGGGCGAUCCCCGGCAGCGGGGGGAACCACGCACCACAGGGGAACGGCUACCCACCAGGGGGACCCGCUCCUCGGCAGCUCCUUGACCCGCCCCGGCGGAACGGCCAGCCACCGGUACCGCCGUUAUCCCAGUCGCCGUACAGGCACUCCGAGUCGUCAAGCAUGCUGAACGGAGGUGCUGCCCACCAUUUGGACUACGACUACGACCCGUCAGUGAUAGCGAGCAAGUCUAGCGGUAGCAUCACCAAGUUCAUGACAAGUAACAGCAGCGUGACCCCGCUGAGCCGUAAGCCCUCAAACUCCGAUGUGGAUCAUGUAUUUUUAAUCUCCGGAACUGAGCGAGUCUCCCCGAUGGGGCUGGACCUGAACUCGAACGCUAACGUCACGGCGGCGGCUAGCGAUGACACGACGGCAGAAGAUCGAGAGCUAGCCGAAGUCAUGUCAAAUCACAAUUCCUAUGCAGUUGAGUACGGUGGUGGGAGAGUCUACGCUUGCCACUAUGUAUGACACGAAGUCAUACGCGACUCGGUCGUCAACGAUUUUUUUUUUUUGGUUUGCAGAAGAGAGAUUUUUGCAAGAAAAAUGGAGGCUGUUGUUUUAUACAAUUUCAAGUUUUAGAAGACCUUUUUGGGGUCAUUCAACCUUGAGGUGUUUUUUUCUUCGGUGUUAAUUUGUUUCGGUGAUCAGUGAUGGAUGGCGAAGAAUCGUUGCAAAAAAGAUAUACAAGAAAACAAGAAAGAAACAAAAACAAUUUAACCAUUGAAUCAUUUUCGAGUAUUCAAGGUCAGGUCCAAGUUUGCGGCUUCGGCUACAGCUACGGCUUCGGCUACAGGUACGGCUGGAUCGCCGCGUCAUUGUGCGUUGGCGAUAAGGACGUCCUAGUGCCAAUACCCUUAGCCAUAAGCAUCAGUCAUAACAGCCACCGCCGUCUACACGAAGGGAUACGAGCAGAAGACAACCUACAUGUACGUUAAGAAUAUACGAGUAUAAUUAAGAAGUAUUAUAAUAUAUGUUUACCCAGAUAAUGAUGUCUUUCAACGAAAUCCUACUACGGUGAUUUUACCUUAUUUGUGAAAAAGGCCGAUUUUAAGGCUCCCACAAAUGGCGACCGAGAUUAUGAUAAGACCAUCGUGAUUUUCUCCGAUUCAUACCAAUGCAACCAAAUCGAGGCCGGCAGGGAAAAUAGUACAGAUAUUAGCAUCCAUUAGUUAUUGGAUACAGGGGAACAUGGCCAAAAUGGUGCGAGGAUGAUAACGGUCCAUCGCCAUAUUUAAAUACAUCAUUUGUAAUCAUAACCGACUCAUAUUUGCCAAAUGGUAUUUGAUAUCGUUCAUUUUUAGCAUUGUAUUUCCAAUUUUAAAUCCCCUACCCUGUCUGACUAUCCAUUAUUGGCCAUUGUGAAUUUUUAGUUAACUUAAUAUACCCGGAUCCAAUUUCAUGAAGCUGUUAAGCAGAAAAAAACUGCUCGACAAUUUGUUUUGCGUAGCAAAAGUUGAGUGGGGCACCAGUCACAACAAUGUAAACUUAAUGGAAUUUUGGUUGGUAUCCUGUUUCUGUAAGCAAUACUUUCUGUGCGUAGCAAGUUUGUGUGCUUACAGGCUUCAUGAUAUGGGGCCCUGAACGCAAUAUCAUUACUGGUGAAUGCAUCUAUCAAAACGGUAAACGCAUUGUCAGUGUUUUCCGCUGGCUUGAUAAACUGGUAACAACAGGCAUGAUAUUUUUAUAGGAACACGUUGCCUUGGAUCGGUCGAGUUAGUCUUUGAAAAGCG